GGCCCCUUUAAAGCCCUGACAUCAGGCGGCGGCCCGAGCCCUGUCUUCCUCCGCCCCCCAUUCCCGGGCCGCUGCUGGCAGCCGCAGCCGCCAUGGGACCCAGUGGAUCCGACCCGGUCCGUCCCCGGCCAGAGCCUUCGGCCUGGUGACUGACACGAAGCGACCACUCUGUUGUAGCUGUUAUAUCUCCAAAUUGCUGAGCUGAGGGAAGAGAGCUUGAUGUCUCAGGCAGUGGAGGAACCGGCUGGGGACCCUGGGACCCCAAAGCCAGGAGGCAGCAGUAACAUGGAGCUGGGGACUUGCCAAGAGCUUCUGCAUCGACUUCGGGAACUGGAGGCAGAGAAUUCAGCACUGGCCCAGGCCAAUGAGAACCAGCGAGAGACCUAUGAGCGCUGCCUGGAUGAGGUUGCCAACCAUGUGGUACAGGCUCUUCUGAAUCAGAAGGACUUACGGGAAGAAUGCAUCAAAUUGAAGAGGAGGGUAUUUGACUUGGAACGGCAGAACCAGACAUUGAGCACUCUCUUUCAGCAGAAGUUACAGCUUUCAGCUGGUUCUCUUCCACAGCUCCCGUUACAUCCACUACAGUCGAUGUCAGAGCCGCUAGCCACCACACUUCUGCAUGCUGAAGAGGGACCAGCAGCCUUAUUGCCCAUGGGGGCCUGUACUGGACAAAAAGAGGUAGGCUGUGAACAGCAGCAGCAGCAGCAGCAGCAGGCCUUGGCUGGCCUGGGCCCCCCCUUGGAUGCCCUGUCCCCAUUUCUGAAGAAAAAGGCCCAGAUCUUGGAGGUGUUAAGGAGCCUGGAAGAAACUGAUCCCCUGUUACUGCACCCCACCACAGCCUCAUGGAGGGCAACAGGGCAGUGUCCCCAAGGGGAGCCCAGCAUCCACUCCGAUUGUUCCUUGAAAGGCAAGGCAGGUGAAAAAUGGAGCCCAGGAGAGAGGCUGGGCUCCCCAGAACCAGUCAAUGGUGAAGUGUGUACCCCUCCCCUGUCAGAGCCUGCACCCUGGGCAUCCUGCCUACUCCUGGGUCCUAGCGGACUGGGGGGACUACUCCGGUGGGAGCCUGUGCUGGGGAGCCCACGGGGUGAGGAGGAGAAGCUGGGAAGGCUUUGGGGUGUGGGCCGAGAGUCCCAGAGGUCCCCAGCACCACAGCCUGGCCUCCACAGUGGACCAGGCAGCAGUAGUAGCUCCUCCUCAGAUGAGGCUGGGGAACCAGGGGAGGCACUGACACCUGCUGCCCUACUUAAUGCCUUGGCCCGGAAGCAACUGAACCUGGGCCAGCUGCUGGAGGACACAGAGUCUUAUCUCCAGGCCUUCCUAUCAGGCGCUGGAGGGCCCAACAGUGGAGAAACACCCCCUGCCUAUGGUUCUGGCUCAGGACAACCGCCUUUGCCCAAUGAAGGGCUUCCCCAGUCUCUAAGACCCAAAGGCCUCCCCAAGACAGCAUGGGGUGGGGGAGGAUCCGAACCCCUCAAGCCAGGCUUAAGUACUACCUCAGAGGGCAGUGGGGCCCUCCCCUUCCUCAGUGUGUUUGUGGAUGGGGGAGACACCUCUCCAGGCCCCUGGCCCAGCUACCCCCAUUCCUCAUCUCAGGUGAAAAGCGAGCUCCAAAUUAGCCCCUCUUCCCCCAUUGAGACCCAGGAACUCACCUUCUCCCCACCCAAGAGUCUCAAUUUUUUGAAGUUGUCUCUGACCCCAGAGAAGGCCCCUAGCCCUGGCACCCCCCAUCUCAGUCCCCAGUUGCCCCGAAGUUCCCGGAUCCCUUGCUGGAAUGGUGGUCCAGAUGGGAGUCCUUCCCCCAUGCUUACCCACCGAGGCCUUGGGGGUGAACUGUCCCCUGACAUAGUUGCCCAGCGCCAAUCUACCAGCUCUCCACCUACCAUCAUUGUGGACUCCAUCCAGCUCAGACCCACACAUCCGGCCCCAUCCUCUGUCCUUUCACCUGAGCCCCCAGCUUGUCCAACCCCAUCCCGGUAUGAAGAUGUCCUGGACCUUUCAACUGGCUCCUUUGGGGGAACCUCUCCAGAGCCACCCCUUAGCUCCCUCCAGUCAUCCAGUUAUACACAGCUGGCCCCAGAGACACUGGACCAGGGGACUAGGGGCUCAUCCAGCCCCUGCCCACCUCCGCUUUGCCCCUAUGGGGGUAGCCAGGGGAAGGGUAGUGAGAAGGCAGGACCAGAGUCUCCACAGGCCGGCUGGAAGAGCACAGGGGGCUCCUCCAAAAAGCCGGGCAAUGGGGCAGGGAGGCGGCCUGGGGAGGCAGGCUUCACACCUCUGCGAGAGAGAUGGACGGCGCUUGGCAAGCUGAAGACGGGCCCCGAGGGAAGCCCUGGCACCGACAAGAAUGGGAGCCCCGCAAAGCCAGGACCGGAGAGGGCCCGACUGCCAGGGAGGCUGAGAGAAGGGGCUGGGGACACGGCCCCCAGCGAGGCAAAGGGGCCCGCACGAGGGGCACCACCCUUGGGGACCAGCAGCCUCAAGCAGCAGGACCACGGGUCUCCCGGGGAGCCAGGUCCCCGCUGCUAUUCUUCCCACUCUAUGGGGGCUCGUCUUGACCUGGACCCCGUCUCUCCUCGUGGCUGCCUCACCAAAGUGGAGCUGGCGAAAAGCCGGCUGGCGGGAGCACUGUGCCCCCAGACCCCACGGACCCCAGUCAAGCUGCCCACCACAGUGCCCAGCCCAGGCAAGCCCAACAAAAGCCCCCAUGGCAGCCCCACCAAGCUGCCCUCCAAGUCACCCACCAAGGUGGUGCCCCGGGGUGGGUCUCCCCAAGUGCCCAAGGACCCAGUAAAGCCUGAGAAGGGCAAGGGUCCCCCUUGGGCAGACUGCAGCACCUCCUCCCAGGCCGCUCCCAAAGGAGCAGGCCCUGGGGGCCACAGCCAGGGUCCCGAAGGGCCGGCGCUGCAUUCGGCCAUUGAGGAGAAGGUCAUGAAGGGCAUCGAGGAGAAUGUGCUCCGGCUGCAGGGCCAGGACCGGGCACCGGGCGCAGAGGCCAAGCACCGCAACUCGAGCAGCAUCGUCAGCUGGUUCGGGCUGAAGAAGAGCAAGCUGCCGGCCCUGAGCCGCCGGGCCGAUCCCGGCAAGAGCAAGGAUGGCCUAGGGGGUGCCCCGCCCGGCAAAGGGGGCAAGCAGGAGGCCCGCAAGCUGGAGACAGAGAGUCUCAACAUCUCCAAACUCAUGGCCAAGGCGGAGGACCUGCGGAAGGCCCUGGAGGAGGAAAAGGCCUACCUGAGCAGACAGGGCCGAGGGCGGUCAGGAGGCCCGGCACGGAGCACCGGCACCGGUGAGGUCAUGCUGGGCCAGGCACAGAGCCAGCUCGCCAUCAUGUACCAGGGUGCGGACACCUUCAUGCAGCAGCUGCUCAACCGGGUAGAUGGGAAGGAACUUCCCCCUGACAACUGGCAGGAGCCCAAGCCAGAGUUUGGAGACUUCCAGUCAUCUAUUCCGGAAGCCAAGGGCCCCCAGCCUCUCCGGAGCCCCCGAAAUGGCCUAGUUGGCCAAAGUGCCAACAAGUCAUCUGGGAAGAAGAGCAGCGAGCUGGCGCAGAGAGAAUCGGCCCCCACUGAGCACGGCCUCCCUGAGCCCAUCCCCACCCCAAGUUUCACAGCCUGUGGCUCCCUGACCCGAACUCUAGACAGUGGCAUUGGUACCUUCCCACCACCAGACCACGGCGGCAGUGGAGCCCCCAGCAAGAACCCUCCCAAGCCAAAGCCUUCCCGCCUGGACCCGUCCCCCGCAGAGCAUUCGGCCCGACCCAACCCCCUCACCAAGGUUCCCCGACGCGCCAGGACGCUGGAUCGAGAGGUGCCUGCCAUGGAAGAACUGCUGGUGGGCGGGCGGCAUCCCAGUGUCCCUGCUUUCCAUGCCCUGCUUUCUCCCACUCCUAGGCACCACGGGCACAAGGCCUGCACAGAUGAUUCCAGUGGGCAUCCUGGACGGCCACCCCCAAUCCAGCUCUCCAAAAACUGGACUUUCCCUAACACGCGAGCAGGUGGCAACUCCUCUGACCCCUUCCUUUGUCCACCCCACCAACUGGAAGGGCUUCCCAGGACCCCUCUGGUCCCCCCCGGUGAGAGGAAGCAGUGUUUAGAGGGAGGCCACCCGCCUCCAACAACCCCUGGCCCAGCCUUUAAUGGCAGCCGUACGCCCAGCACUUCAGACAUGGGAGAGGAUGGGCGCGCAUCCGGUGGUGGCCCUCCGGGACUGGAAACGUCAGAAUCCCUCAGCGAUUCUCUGUAUGACUCCCUAUCUUCUUGUGGGAGCCAAGGCUGAGGUGGGGGACCCAAUGCUGGAAAUCCUCUUUGCUUACCACCCCCACCAGAGAUGGAGACAACAAAUUGGACUCAAAACCUCCCUGUUUUCUGUGGAUCAGGAAAAGGAGUUGCUCUGCCUUGGGACCCAGUUUGAAGCACAUGCCCAGGAGAGAAAUAGGUGGAGAAGAAACUACAGUUCACCCCCACUUCUACCCAUAAUCGCCUGUUGGAGGGAUGAGAGAACUGGUCUCAGCUUAAGAGACCCCACUUAUGCUUUCUCCUGCUCAGAACAAGACCCUGACUUUCUGCCCCAUUUCGAAACCCAGGGGCACCAUAUUGUGGUGCUGGGCCUCUCCCACCCUCCCACUGGUUGUAGCAUCUCUUGCUUCCAGGCCUCCAGUCUUAUCUGACUACUUGCUGUCUUCUACCACCUACCCUGGAUAGGGGCCAGAAAACUGUUGGUGGAGUUAGAAGGAAGCCCAAAGGAGGUGGGGGUGUCAGCCCUCUCUCCCCCCAUCUCCCCUGUCCCUAAGCCUCCACUGCCCCACUGGAGGCCUCCUUGCUCUUUGGAUGGUGCUGUCCUGACCCCUACCCCAUGUCUCUGGGGUUCUGUUUGGGAGGAGAGUUGUUCUGUUCUGUUUUGUUUUGUUUAUAUUAAAAUCAUUUCCCCUCCUGUUUUC